UUAUUUUUUUUUUUCCCACUCCAGAGGGGACGACACAAGGCGGACGGAUCGCGUUUUUAAAAAUGUUGAAGAGUAAACAUGUAGCGACCAAAGCAGGAUUCAGACCCCGGAUGCUGCGCGCAAGGCAUCGACUGAUAUAAAAAAAAAAGGUUAUGGAGCCGACCUUUUCUUGUUUCAUCCUCUUCACCCUGACUGGCUUCGUCACGAGCUCCUCUUUCGAUGACCGCUACCGCCGCAAUGGCACGGGCCGCCACGACUACUGCGUGCUCGGAGCCGGACCUGCCGGGCUACAGAUGGGAUACUUCCUCUCCAAGGCCAAGAGAGACUACAUCAUCCUGGAGAGGAACUCGGGACCUGGGAGCUUCUUCAACAAGUAUCCCAGGCACAGGAAGCUCAUCAGCAUCAACAAGAUCUACACCGGACGGCGGAACCGGGAGUUCAACCUCCGCCACGACUGGAACUCGCUGCUGAGCGACAAACCCGACCUCUUGUUCAGGAGGGUGAGCAGCGAGUUUUACCCUCCGGCCGACGCCUUCCCUCUGUACCUGUCCAUGUUUGUGAAGGAGCUCGGGUUGAGGGUCCGGUACGGGGUGGACGUCGGGAGGAUCAGAGCCGUGCAGUCGGCCUCCGGAAGGAGCUACGUCCUGACUGACCAGCACGCGUCGGACUACACCUGCGGCGUCCUCCUGGUAGCCACGGGUUUGUGGGUUCCUCAGGAGGUCGAGUUUGUCGGUUCCGAUUUGGUCGAAGGCUACGAGUCCAUCUCCACUAACCCCGAGGACUACAAAGACCAGGCUGUGCUAAUUCUGGGAAAGGGGAACUCUGCUUUUGAAACGGCCCAGAGCAUCUUGGGACGAGCGAGUCGGGUGCACAUGCUCAGUUCCAGCCCCGUUCGACUGGCGUGGCAAACGCAUUACGUCGGAGAUCUCAGAGCCGUUAAUAAUGAGCUCAUAGACACGUAUCAGCUGAAGUCCCUCGACGGGCUGGUGGAGGCGCGCCUGGAGAAAAUAGCUAUCGCUCGCCGAAAGGAGGAAGGCCGGAGGAGACCGGGUGGAAAGAAGAAAGAAGAGAAGGGACGGUUGUAUCUGACUUUAAACAAGUACGUACAAAGCAAAGAGGAGACGAAUAGUUCGGAAGUGACGGGAGAAGAACUGCCAGGGCAUCACAUUGACAAUUUCCCGAUGCGAAAACCGUACGACCGAGUGAUUCGAUGUCUCGGCUUCCGAUUCAACUUCAGCAUAUUCGAAGGCGCCUCCUGCCCACCGAACAGUGAGAACGCAAAAGGGAGGUUGCCGGGGGUGACGGCCUGGUAUGAAGGGAAGGAGACGCCCGGGUUGUUUGUGCUGGGAACCGCAGCUCACUCCAGAGACUACCGCUCGUCUGCCGGCGGCUUCGUCCACGGAUUCCGUUACACAGUACGAGCUGUACACCGCGUGCUGGAGCACCGUUACCACAACAACCCGUGGCCGUCGACAAAAGUGGCGACGACGCAUUUGCAGUCCUGGAUCCUGAAGCGUCUCGGCGAGGCCUCCGGGCCGUACCAGAUGUUUGAGAUGCUCGGGGACGUUAUUCUUCUUCGAGGCUCUUACUGCGAGUACCUGGAAGAGUUCCCCAUCCAGGCCUUGCCCCAGUUCUCCUCUCUAACCGGCCGAGAGGUCUCCAGCCACGGCCUGAUAGUUGUGGUCAUGCAGUACGGGAAGGAGAAGAUAGACUACCUGGGGCGUAACAGGGCGGAAACAGACUGGACUAAAGCUUGGAAAUCCAACUUCCUACACCCUGUUUUAUACUUCUACGACACGCUUCCUUCUGAUGAAGAAAUGAAGCGUCGCCCCCACAGCUGGACUUUACCGAGACCCAAGGCUAUUCAUCACAUCGUCGAGGAUUUCCUCACAGAAUGGGAGAGUCCCGUGUCGCACAUCCAGCCUCUGCGGCGCUUCCUGGAGCACUGUGUCCAGACCGACCUCAGAGCCUUCUAUGCAGAAUCAUGUUUCCGCUCAUCUCUCACCCACCGCAAGCCGCCGCUGUUCUGCCAGCAGGGAUACCUGAGGCGGCAGGGGGUCGCCCACCACGCUCGGCCGUCGCAGCACGUUCAUAAGCCUGGGCCGAUGCCGGCCGAUCAGGACGCGGGCACAUCGGGGGCCGACGCAGCGUUUCCCAACUACCUGGCACCAGCUGGAGCCUCCGUGUCUUCGGGACUGAAACUUGACUUCUGAUUGUUUCAUCAGCUGUUUAAGUCCCUCCGAACUGCUACCUCCUGCACGCAUUGGUACUCCCUCUGCCAGACAGAAGUAUUUGCACAGACUACCAUCCUACAUAUCAGUGGCUCCCAUCCUGUUUAUGGCCUGUGCGACUGUUUCAACCAAAGACUGAUUUCCCUUUCUUUAUUUGGACCACGUCUAAGUGUCACAAAAGAAGUACAAUUAUUCUGUGAUUUACCAGAAGAGAGUCUGGAACUAUGAGCUUAAAGUGGCAAUCUUGAAUAUUUCAUUUCUGGUUGAUUUAGCGACACCUGCAGUCAUAAAAACUGAUUUUCUGGCAAAAAAAAAGUGAUGAAAUAACCAACGAAUGAUAGCGUUGCGUGCUAAGCUCACUGACAGACAUGCUGAAUUCACUACUUAUCUUUUUGCCAGUAAAUCAAAUUUGAGUACAAAGCUGCAGAAUUAGCCAUUAGCAGUCCAUAAACUGAGAUUAUUCUAGCAGUGACGUAAUGCAGCAAUGUUACCGAAAACGUCUCCAUAACCAGUGCAAUACUUUAAUCUCUGGGCUGUCACCUCUGUCACCAUUGAUUUACCUCAUGGAUAGAGACUUUACCGA